UGUUAGGUCACUCAUUCAAAGUAGGAGAACGACCUGGGAAGCGGGAUUCGGGACCUGGAUCUCCGUGCCUGGGCCAAUAGAUCACUCCCUUUGCGGCCCUGUCUACCUCUCAGCCCAAACCCCGAGCCGUGGACGUCCUUCCCGCCCUUUCUGUGCACCUAACUCCGGGAAGCCGCUAGCUCGUGAUGUCCUCUGCCAAGUUAUGGUCCGUCGGUGCCUCGGUGGCCUCUCUUGUGUCCCGUGAAGAAUUGACGAACCCGAAAUUUGUGGGCAAAGGCGGUUUCGGCGCAGUGUUCCGUGCACAACACAGAACAUGGGGCCAUGAUGUGGCCGUCAAGAUUGUGAACUCGGAGGCGAUAUUCAGGGAAGUGAAAGCUAUGGCGAAUCUGCGUAGCCAGCACGUGCUGCUCCUGCUGGGGGUCACCGAGAACCUCGAGUGGGACUACGUGUCUGGGCCGGCUCUGGUGACAGGCUUCAUGGAGAACGGCUCCCUCGCAGGGCUGCUGCAGCCCUCGUGCCCUCGGCCGUGGCCGCUCCUCUGUCGCCUGUUGCGAGAAGUCGUGCUGGGGAUGUGUUACCUGCACAGUUUGAAGCCAGUGCUCCUGCACCGGGACCUCAAGCCCUCCAACGUCCUGCUGGACUCAGAGCUCCAUGCCAAGCUAGCAGAUUUUGGCCUCUCCACAUUUCAGGGAGGGUCACAGUCAGGGUCAGGGUCCAGGGAUCAGGGGGGUACCCUAGCUUACUUGGCCCCAGAGCUAUUGGUUAAUGUCAACCAGAAGGCUUCCCCAGCCAGUGACGUCUACAGCUUUGGGAUCCUCACGUGGGCAGUGCUGGCUGGAAGAGAAGCCGAGUUGGUAGACAAGACAUCACUAGUUCAGGACGCAGUCUUCGAAAGGCAGAAUCGACCGGCGUUGUCAGAGCUGCCUCCAGCCAGCCCUGAGACUCCUGGCUUGGAAGUACUGAAAGAGUUAAUGAUUCGUUGCUGGAGUUCUGAGCCCAAGGACCGGCCAUCCUUCCAGGAUUGCCAACCAAAAAUCAAUGGUACCUUCAUCCGGGUACAGGACAAAGUAGAUGCUGCUGUCUCUGAGGUAAAGCAAUAUCUGUCUCAGAGCAGAAACAGCGACGGAAAGUUGUCUGUCCUAGACCCAGACCCUAAAGGUACAGAAAUGGAUAACCCUGGGGAGAGCACGAUUUCUGAAAUGCUGGACCAUCUGCAUCUGGAGGGGUCCCUCAGAUCGGUUCCUGAAAAAGGCCUACACCUUACUGAGAUGGGAAGAGCACAGGAAGAACCGACUGGGCAUGCCCCAACAGCAGUGACAUCUUCAGAUACGGUGGCUGGAACUCCCCAAAUGCCACAUACUUUACCCUUCAGAGGCCCAACACCCAGCCCAAACUCUGCUGAGACUCCAGGUCCUAACCCCCAAAGGAAUCAGGGGGAUGCAAGACAUGACACCCAUUGGUCCCCCUGGGCCCCGGGGCCAAACCCAGCAGCAGGGCCACUGUCUAUGAACCUCAGCAACUGUUCAGCAGUGCAGAUUGGAAACAACAACUGCUUGGUGGUCCAACCAAGAACCGCUUUGCCCAAGAAGGGCCCAGCACAGUACGGAAGGGGUAGGGGCUGGUAGCCCCUCCAGACGUAGAUUUCAGGGAAUACUGCAACAGCCUGAAGCCUGGACCACACCGCACCGGUUGGUCAGACAGCACAAUUGUAGUGGAAAUUAAAGCACUUUGUAAGCAA